AUGGUGAGCGCUGUUCCGCCCCUUCGCUUCGUUUGCUACUUCAUCCAUUUCGUUCGUACCAUCCUAUACCGCUUACGUACGCUUCGUGAACGUUUGUUUCUCAAGUCCACUCAAACUCAACCACAAAAUGUCUGGCGCGGCAAAGGAGGCAAAGUUAAGAAAGGCAAGGCAAAGUCCCGUUCCAACCGCGCUGGAUUGCAGUUCCAGUCGUUCUACUUUGGCUGCCGUUAUGGAAUAUCUGGCCGCUUGAAGCCAUGCUCGAAUUGGCAGGAAACGCUGCCCGUGACAACAAAAAGAGACCAGGAAUCAUUCCCCGAUCUGCAGUUGGCCAGCCGCAACGACGAAGAAUUGAACAAGCUGCUGUCCGGUGUUACCAUCGCCCAAGGUGGGUGUUCUGCCCAACAUUCAGGUGUCUUGGCUGAAGAAAACGAGAAGAAGGCAUAA